CCAUGGCUCCUCUAAAGAAAGGCGACUUAAGCGAGGAGGAAAAAGAGCUGCUGGGAGUGAUUGGGAAAGUUUCCUCAGCCCAUCAGCUGAUGAAACUGACCUGUCCUCAGCCAAUCAGAGGAUGAAACUGAUGUGUUCUCCAGAAAGCCUGCAGCAGAAACAAGGCAUUUUUCUAGUGCAUAAAAAAUAGACACCGCUUCAGUUCAACCUUCUCAAGUGUGGAAUUACAGAAGCCCAAAGCGGAUCUGAUCCUUGUGGACUGAAUAUCCAGAAAACCCAGCGAAACACUGAAGAAGCUGCAAGGCUACUAGGCAACAAGAAUGUUCGUGUCAAUUGUUUGGAUGAGCAUGGUAUGACUCCUCUGAUGCAUGCAGCAUACAAAGGGAAAGUUGACAUGUGCAAAUUGUUGCUGCGACAUGGCGCUGAUGUAAACUGCAAUGAACAUGAACAUGGCUAUACUGCCUUGAUGUUUGCUGGGCUUUCAGGCAACAAAGAAAUUACCUGGAUUAUGUUAGAAGCUGGAGCAGACACAGAUGUUGUCAACUCUGUGGGAAGGACUGCUGCUCAGAUGGCUGCCUUUGUGGGACAGCAUGAUUGUGUGACUGUUAUCAACAACUUCUUUCCUCGAGAGAGGCUAGACUACUACACAAAACCACAAGGACUGGAUAAAGAACCAAAACUUCCAGUUAAGUUAGCUGGGCCCCUGCAUAAAAUCAUCACAACUACUAACUUGCAUCCUGUCAAGAUAGUGUUGCUAGUGAAAGAGAAUCCUCUCCUGGCUGAAGUUGAAGCAAUGCAGAAAUGCUACUAUGUCUUGGAUCUCAUUUGUGAGAAGUGCAUGAAGCAGAGAGAUAUGAAUGAAGUACUGGCUAUGAAAAUGCACUACAUCAGUUGUAUUUUCCAGAAAUGUAUCACUUUCCUUAAGGAACGUGACGAUACAUUGGAUGGAUUAAUCAAAAGCCUACUAAAAGGCAGAGAUAAAGAUGGCUUUCCAGUAUAUCAAGAAAAACUCAUCAGAGAGUGCAUUCGAAAAUUUCCUUACUGUGAAGCUACAUUGCUCCAACAGCUCGUGAGAAGCAUUGCUCCAGUUGAAAUUGGUUCUGAUCCUACAGCAUUCUCUGUCCUGACACAAGCCAUUACUGGCCAAGUAGGUUUUGUAGAGGCUGAGUUUUGCACAACAUGUGGGGAAAAGGGAGCAGCCAAACGAUGUUCAAUAUGCAAAAUGGUUAUCUAUUGUGAUCAGAACUGCCAGAAAAUGCAUUGGUUUACACACAAGAAAGCAUGCAAGAUGCUAAAAGAGGCCCAUGAGAAGCAGGAGAUGGAAGCUGCUAAAGAAAAAAAGCGGCAAGAAAAAAAGCUAAAAAGAGAAGGUGCACAAGCAUCAGAAUCUACUUCAAAUGAAGAACAGUUUGUUUCUGUAUCGGGAGAUAGUAAAGAGGUAGAACCAAAUUGUGAGGGGGACAAAACAAAAGAAAUCAUUCCCAACAAGCAGAUACCUGUACCAUCAUUUCAGGAUGACAGUCUCUCUGAAGAAGAGACUAAUUCAACAGAUACCGCUACCACAAAAGCUCAUAAAUCUGAGGAGUAGGUGAGGCCUCACUGGGGAGCCAAACCUUUUUUUUUUUUUUUAAAGAGAUACUCUAUACUACAGUGUUGUGAAGCGUAACUCCACAGGAUGUAGUUGUGCUCACUCAGUCACAUACGCUGUGAUUCAACAUAUGGCAACUUGUUUGUUGAGUUUAAUUGUGUCACUCUCUCCUAGAUUCAGAGGACACGAGCUUAACCAUCUGGUCAAAAUCAGAAUAGCCUAUCCAUCUGUCUUCAUAGCUACACUGAGCAGAGUAGGCUUUCAAUUGUAUAUAGGCAAUAGAAGCAUUUGGUAGCAGAAUGGCAACUCUUACAUUAAACUGAAGUAACUCAUUUCUUAAUUAUAUUGGGUUUCAAUGUAUUAAAAAUACUAUAAAUGAAGUAAAUUAACUACCGAGGCCCUAUUAAAUGGUAGGCAUUGAAACAUCUGAAAAGUAAAUACUACGUUCUUUCGGAACUUCAGCUAUUUAGAAAAUGAUUUUUGCUUUAUUUUUUCUUACGUCCCUGUUUUCAUUAAAUGAAUCUUGAUAGUC